GUAACAUGAUGGAGCAUCUGGCUACAAGUUUGAUGUACCCCAAUGAAAGAAUAAAGUCAGCUGUAUGUUAUCUUUAUGGCAAGCUGUACUCUGUCCCUAGUGCUGCAGAGUGGCUGUCUGUACACUUCACAGAGAGGCUGUGUGGCUUUUUUCUGACUACUCUAAGGAAUGCACAGACCAAGGAGCUGCAACUUAACUGUAUGGGUUUGUUAAAACAGCUUCUGAAGUAUGAUAAUUUUGUUGCAGUGAUUAUGAGUAAUUCAGGGACAGGAGCAGAUUCUGCAAUCCCAGAAUUGUGUGAUGGAGAUGGUCCAUUACCUUUAAUUCUCAAGAAGCUGUUAUUAUCAAGAGAUGAGCUGUUACAGGUAGCAAGUGCUCAGUGUAUGACUGCUGUAUUGGUGCAUUCUCCAGCAAAAUAUGCUCCUGCCUUUAUCCAUGCAGAUAUUCCAGAGUUCCUGUUUGAGUGUCUCUCCUGCAUGAGUGAAAUUCUUAUCUGGUCAAUUUAUUGCUGCCUGCUGCUCCUGACCGAGGAACCACUUUUCUUUUCCAAGUGCCACACUAUCUAUGGCAUUGAACCUAUUUUAAGGAGCCUGAAAGAAAUCUUGAAUCUUAAUAAUGUGGAAUUGCACAAGCAGGGAUUUCUGCUUUUCACUGAAAUUUUGAAAAGGCAGCCAGUGGAAAUUAAACUAUUUGCAAAUAUUGCUGUCUUUAAAGAUGCCAUUAGUGUUCUUUUGGACGCUGUAAACUCACCUAUUCUUGAAGUAGCAGCUGAAGCAGUGAAUGCUGUAGCUGCAAUUCUGAGAAAGGAUCACGUGAGCUUUCCACCAAUACAAUAUGGAGAACUGCAGAAGCUGGUUGAAGGUGUGCUAAAGCGCUGUAAUGAUCUCCCACUGCCAUCCUUUAAUAGGAGGCUCAUGGGCCACCCAGGGGGCCGACAUAAGAACAAAGCAGUUUCACAGCAGGGACAGUUCCUGCAGAGUGCCUUAGAAAGCUUCAGAAAUGCUUGUAGGUUAGCUGUGGAAUACCAAAAUAACCCUCUGGCUCAGGAGAAUGCGUUUACUGCUCCCAACUCAGAGAACAAAGAUACACUGAAAAGAUUUUCUGAGUUUCUACUGAGGAUAUCUGACUCUCUUUGCAUUCCCCUAGUUAUGAAAUAUUCUGAAAAGGUUGUCCGCCCAGCUCUCAUGGAAGUUUUCAUCUCAACUCUCAGCAUCCUAUUCAAUGUUAAGCCAGACAUGUGUAAGAGAUUCUCCAUUAAGCUGGCAUCUUCUUCUUUCAUUCGACUGAGCUUGGAACUAAAGGCCAAAUUCUGUACUGGACAAAGUAACCCUGCUUUGAAUCAAGCUUGUUCUAGCUUUCUUCAUAGCAUGUGCCUCAGUCUUCAUUCAUCCUCUGAGAAGAUGCUGGAUUCCUCCCAAGAGGAGCAAGAAAUAUCUGAACUCCUGCACAGGAGUCUGCCCCAAUUAAACUUCAGUGUACUGGAAAGCAUCAGCCUCUUAUCUGAAACCCCAGAUUCUUUCUGUUUAGAUGAAACUCUUCGCAAUCAUCAGUAUAGCCUCCUGCUUAUUUUCUACUUUGCUUUUAGUCAAGAAGACAGAUUUGUUCCAGAAGCAGAACUAUUCUCAUCAAUAAGAAGUUUCCUUCUGUCAGUCCAGGAUCAGGGAGACUGUCCACCCCCAUAUGUCUUCAAAGCUGUUUUGUACCUUUUGGCAAUCUGUCAUGACAAGACUAAAGCUUUAGAUUCGGCUUCGCUUUCUGCGAUAAGGAAGAUCCUGGAUAUUAUAUCUGAUUUCAGCCUGGUGUAUGUCCAUCAUCCUCUACUACUUAAAUUCUUUUUACAUUAUCCUGAACUUAUGGGAAGAUUUGGUCAUCACAUUCUCCGACUCUGGUUCUCCUGCGAAGACUACAGCCAAAUUGAAUCCAAAGAUGUUGUCACAAAAAACUUUGCUGGUGGUUCUAAUGCCUUAAACAACUUUAGAAGUUUGCUUUCCAUGCUAAAAGACAAUCCCAGUGCUUUACUUGUGUUGUUGGAUCUAGUCUGUUUUGGCACCAGUGAAAUAGCUCACAAAGUCUUAAUUACACUGGAGACUUUCCUGAAAAUAGACGAGGAUGUCCAUGUAUGUGAUCUUCUUCGAAGCCAGUUUCUACAGAUUCUGCAGAAGCUUCUGGUAGAGAAUAGUUCCAGUAUUUUACGAGUAAACCAGAGCCUGCCACUUUUGUUAAACCUUCUCUUCCUGGUGCAGUUGAGGUAUGCAACAGAGAGAGAGCUCGACAGCACAGAUUUUAGAUUGCUCCAUCUGGUCAGCAGGUUGUUUGGAAAAUGCAGUCCAACAGACCUUGAAAUUCUUCAGCCAUCCCUAAACUUCCUGUACUGGUGUCUUAGACAGACAACACCUUCUAGUCAGCAAAGAGUGGUGGCGAUGUUACUUUCUAAUACACCUUUGCUAGAGCUACUUGAGAAAGUUCUCCAUUGCACAUGGAUGCCAGUCUCUUCCUCUGAACCUGCUUUCCCCUCGUCCGGUGAAGCAAUUCUGUGUUCUGCUUGGCUGCUGACUGCUUCUCUCUUGGCUCAACAACAUAUUUACAAUAUAGAGGUUCAUCAUAUAAUCUGUCUGGAUGUGGACAAAUUCUUCAGUGCAGUUGCCUUCAGGAGGAAGAAACCCAUAUUAUUCUUUGUCAGCAUCCUUCAGUUUCUGAGAGCCUUCUUUAGACAGAACCUCUAUUCCUCCUUUGUGAAGUUUGUUAUCCAGGCCUCAGAUGAACACGGAAAGGAACUGCCCCAGUCAAAAGAGGAUGCCUUCUUGUAUCCAUUGGCCAUGUGGCAUGUAUUGUCCUUGGUUAUCUGUCUACAAAACCUACUAAUCCAGAAGGACAUUUUGCUAUCACAAACUGUUGUUGGAUGUCUUGAAGUUCUGUUGGAAUACCUGCACUCAAAGAAUCAGAGCAUUGCAUUCCAUAUUGCCUCACAGCCAUGGAAUAAAUUCCUGUUGAUCACACUUCUGGAUGGUAAUAACCAUUCUUUUCUUCACCCAGAAAUUCUUAGACUAGUUGCUUUGUUUAUGAGAUAUCAAGGCACCAGAAUUAUUUCUCAAAAUGAAAUUAUCCACAUACUUGAAGAAGCAGCAAAUACCAAAAUGCCAGAACUUCCUGAUGUCACAAUUGCUGCGCUUCGCUCCUUUCUUCUUCAGUUUCAAAAUGGAAAAUGUCAGAUGGAUUCAACCCAAAAAGCAUCUGUCCAAAUCUUGCUAGAGAGGCUCCCAUCAACAAGCAGGAGUCUGUGUACCCAUCAGGAAAUGGUAUGUCUUGGAGGAGUAGCAGUAUCUCUAUCACACAUCAGAGACUGA